AUGUAAAAAUAUAAUGGGCGUAGUUCAUUAAAAACCAAUGAUAAACUGAAAAAAAUUCAUAAGAAUCAUAAAUCAUUUAGUAAUCACACCAAUAUGAAACAAGAACAUAUAUUGUUGCAGCAGACUAAUAAACGCCAUUUAUAAUAUCAAAACGUGGAUCUCGAGUUGUAAAACCAAAAGAAAGACAUUCUGAAGAAUAGGAGAAAAAAAAUAAAAACUUAUAAAAGAAGCAGAAGGUUAGUAUUUAAAAUAAGAAAAUAAUCUCAAAGAGCAAUUUAUUUUGAAAUAAGAAAUUGA